AUGCGACUACUACCGAGACGCCAAGUCUCUACUCCAACUAUCAUCGAUAAAGUUUUAAAUGCAUCGAGUGACACACAUUAUCAACAACAUGUACAACCCUUGAUCAGCUUUAUUGCUCCGGUAAAGUUUCUGAAUAAUGAAAUCGCGUGCGUAUCAAAUGGACUAACUAACUUGGAGCUACGAGUAGAAAAUGAUAAGGGCGAAGUUGUGUUUAUCGAGUCUGAUCUUCUUCGACGAUUAGGCAAACAGACUUUUGCACUUGCAUUGAUAAAUCAGUUUAAAAUUUUUCAAACAGUUGGAUACUUGUCAAAUUCAGAGGCGGAUAUCGAGUCUGACAUCUCCUGGCUACUAAGCAACGAAUCAAUACUUGAGUUCAUGAAAUUGAAUGGACUUUCAAAUUGUGUUUCCAUGAAUCGAGAACUAUUGGUAAACGAGUAUCUAACUCAUUCAGAGUUUGAAGAAAAGAAAAAGAUUGUACAAGAAGCUACGACCGUUGGAAGUUUCCACGCCUUGAUCGGAUUGGUUCAUUUCAAACCUCGGCCAGGGCUGCAAGAAUUGAUGAAUAAAAUAAUCAAUGGUAAACGUGGUGUUUUUAGCAUAUUAAAGCAAAGUGCGUGA